CCUGCACUCAGUGUGGAAAGAGUUUCUCAACCAAACAACAUCUUGAGAUUCACAUGAGAGUUCAUACUGGAGAGAAUCCGUUCACAUGUGAUCAGUGUGGGAAGAGUUUCAGUCAAUCAUCAAGACUUAAAGAACACAUGAUGAUCCACACAGGAGAGAAGCCGUUCACAUGUGAUCAAUGUGGGAAGAGUUUCACUACCAAACAAUAUCUUGAGGUUCACAUGAGAGUUCACACUGGAGAGAAGCCGUUCACAUGUGAUCAGUGUGGGAAGAGAUUCAAACAAAGAGGACAUCUUAAGAGUCACAUGAAAGUUCACACUGGAGAGAGACCGUUCACAUGUGAUCAGUGUGACAAAACAUUUCUUACGUCAUCAGCCCUGAAGAGACAUCUGACAGUUCAUACAAAGGAGAAGCCACAUUCAUGUUCUGUGUGUGGAAAGAGUUUUUCACAGCUGUAUAAUUUACAAGAACAUGAGAAAACACAUACUGGUGUGAGAGAGUACAUGUGCUUUGAGUGUGAGAAGACUUUUACUACAUGGAGCGAUUUAAAAAAGCACCAGAGAAUUCACACUGGAGAAAAACCUUUCAAGUGUUCACGCUGUGACAAGGGAUUCAGUCAGUUAGCACAUCUGAAAAGACAUGAGAAGAUCCACACUGGAGAAAAACCUUACAAGUGUUCACACUGUGACAAGAGAUUCAAUCAGUCAUCACAUCUGAAAACACAUGAGAGGAUCCACAGCAGAGAGAAGCCGCACACGUGUGAUGAGUGUGGGAAGAUUUUCACUAUUAAAAGUAACCUGAAGAUACACAUGAAGAUCCACGCAGUGGAGAAACCACAUCACCACAGUGUGAAAUUAAGUAGUUCAUUUUUAUGUGCUGAACAACAAUCCCUCUUUUGUGUAAGUUAGCCACAGCCAAAUCUCUCCUCUCCAGCUAUAGUUGGCGCCAUGGGCUACAAGUUUUAUUUAUUUAUUUUUGUUUUGCAGUUACAAAACGUAUUUUUGUACCUGCAUCAGCAAAUUAUUCACAAAAAUUUUAAGCAAACAAGUUUAACCCUUUAACGACCCAGUGGUCUGCUGGCGGGACGAUAGAGUGUUAUAAGGUUAAACAAGUUUCUUUUUUAAAUGAGGAGUAUACCAUCUAAUCUUUUAUUAUGCUCGCAGUGCAUCAGUUAAAUGAAUUGCAAUAUUAAUUUAAUAAUAAAAGUAGCAUAAUAAUAACAAUAAUUUAACAGCCCUGUGUGCCCAUCCGCUAUUCGCCACUGUGAAGGGAUAAACGGUGUUCAGGCACGGCAUCAAAGCGAUUACCUGUUUAAUCCAAAUCCACAUGCGUGGACUGUUCAAUAUUCAGUACUGCAAUGUCUGAGUCUCUCCAGUCACAUGAUGUUUCUCAUGUGUUUUCAGUCGGCACAACAAAGAAACGUUUACUAGACUGUGGACUAUCUUUGCUCUCUGAACAGUGGCAGCCUGCAGCUGAAUUUUUGUGACCACUGAAGCCCCGGGUAUACUUCGGCCGUCCGCGUUUGUGAAUUUGAUGUUCGUAAUUUUCAUCAUGCGGCAGGCUCGUGGCCACAACCCCGUCCGCAUGCAGCCCAAAUUUCGAGACUGCGCAGAUGGUGCACAUGCAACAGCGCAUGCGCAAGCAAGACAGAAGAGCCCACUAGGUGGCAAUACACACAGUACUGAGCACAAUGUGCAGUCGUCAAAGAAGAGUGUAAAAAAACAAUUCAAAAACAAGACGAAUAAACUCAGAGGCAUGCUUUCCCCAUCGUUUUUUUAAUUCCUGUUCUCUUGGUGUAUAUUCUGAACUAUGUUGCAAUGGUGGAUGCACUAUUUUUCUUCUCCGAUCCUGCCCAGCGAAUGUCCUAUUGAUGACAUGAUGUCUGGUAAUAGUAUGUGUCGAACUCUGUGAUCCACGUGCAUCUGUGGUUUACUAUACUUUGAAAGAUGCACGGACAGAACUGCAUGCGAGACACGUCCGUGCUCAAGGGUAAAUAAUUAUCUUUGAAAGGCUUGCACACUCAACUGUGCACGAGAUGGAGCAGAACUUGGGAAAUGACAUAUAGCCAGGCCUUAACCACUCCAAAUUGUAGUGGACUGGAACAGACGGCUCACUUUGGGAAAAAAUACCCCCCAAUGUCCCCCAUGUUAUUAUGCCUUGUCAUGUAGUUUUAACUGUUGCUGGUUGAUGCGAGAGGCAUUCUGGGAUACCUGGCUCGAUGCAUCCUCGAUAAAAGAACACAUCCGGGGAUUGUACUUGGCUAGAUGUGAACUUUGAAUUGGAUCAGUACUCGGGCAGCAACUGAUGAUGUUUCACAAGAACAGACAAGAAUGCAUAUUAAGAAAUGGAUAACUAAUGAAUAAAUGAGGCAUUUAUAUAGCGCUUUACUAUGUACACUGUAAGUGCUUCACAAUCACAUCAGGGGUUGCUCCUCAUCCUGGAUAAUUCAACAGCAGACACAGAGCAACAGCACCAAGAUCAAAUCUGUGGUUUAUUGAUAAAGAAAGCCCUAUUUGAAAAUUUGAUCUGACGUUGUCGGAGUUGUGAGAUCCAGAUGAUCACUGGGCGUUCAGCGCUCAUGUACACCGCCGAGAGCAGCCUUACCUCGGCUAGUCCUUCUGAUGUUUGCUGCUGACUCUGAUGACUCUGUAGUGGUUAAACAUGAGAUAAAAUUAAUCUUUUGUAACAGGCAAUCUUUGGUUUUAUUAAUCUAUAUUUUGUUCCCUGGAAAAUCGUUUUGGCUGAGGGUAAAGUUUCAUAACUUAAUAUAUUUAGGCUAUUUAACUUUACCGUUGUAGUUUAUUAGAGUGCUGACUUUGAACGUUUGACUGAACUGUUUGCUUUAAUUUUUAUUGUAGCUUCUUAUACCUGUAAAUGUAAAUGUACCUUUUGCUUAUAUUUUUAUAAUGGCUAUUAUUGAUCAUUAAAACAGACAUUUAACAAAAAAAGACGGAUUUGUGUUUUAUGAUUGCAAACUAUAAGCACAUAUUGCCUGAACCACAUAUGUUUAAUAUUUUUAAAAUGUAAAUUAAAAGAGGAAGUUUUAUAGUUCUGGUUUAUACCAUUCUGGUGUUUUAUAGUUUGUUUGGUUGUAAAUAUACAUGCAGUGAAGAUAAUUAUUGACUGCGUUGCCUAAACCACAUGCAUGGGUAUUAAUAUGUUAAUUUUAUUGUUGCCUAAAAUAUACAUGCAGAGAUAACUGGAGUGGCCAGAAUAUCAAAUGUCAAGUG